AUCAUGUUAUUAUACAGUACUUUUUGAAAUUAUUUACAUUUUUUAUUUUAGUAGAAUUUCAUACUGAAAUCAAAUUACUAAAUAGAUAUUUUUUAGUAAACUAUCUCAAAUUGCAAUUAUCGUUUGUUUGUUUUGUACCAAAAGUCCAUAAAUCUAUUGAAAUGGAAACAAAAGAAAAACUCGUAAAAGAACUAAUGGAUAUGGGCUUUCCUAAAUCAUUAGUACUACAAAUUGUUGAUAAUGCUGGUGAUUUACCUAAAGAUUUAAUUGUUGAACAAUUACUAACUUCGAACCCCUUCUCUGGUGAACCUAUACCUGUAGUAGAUGAUGAUGGUGAUCAAAUGUGGGAAGAUGUGACUGUUGCUUAUAAAAUGGUUAUUGUUAUGAAUACAGGCUUGAAUAUGGGCAUUGGAAAAAUUGCAUCACAAGCUGCCCAUGCUGCAUUGGGAUUAUAUGAAGUAAUUAAAGAACGUGCUGAUCUCAGUAAUGACUUAAGUAUUUGGAAUGAAAAUGGAAGCCGAAAAAUUGUCGUUGAAGCAAAAAACACUUUUGACCUUGUUAAGUUGUGCUCAGCAGGUAAAUUACAUAAUUUACCUUUUUUCUGUGUUCAUGAUGCAGGUCUCACAGAAGUGGAACCAAAUUCUUUCACUGCUCUUGCAUUUUUUGGAUCUGAUGAUCAACUUAAACCUGUAACUGGAAAACUCAGACUACUAAAAUGAAUAUAAAAAAACCAUUUUGGAAAACA